UACGGUUAAGUCAGACGUGUAUCUAUCAAGACAUUUCCUCCCUAAACAGCUGCAACAUGAAUGAUUCCUAUGAGCCGUCGCUUGUUUUUCUGAGACAAUAGACUCAUGAAUUGUAAACAGGAUGUCGACCAACUUGGCGUUAUACUUAGAAAAUCUUCAAAAAGACCCCGGGAUGGAUAGUGAAACAGGGAUAAUGUCUAUCGACCAGGGAGGAGAGUGGGACAUUAGCCUGUUUGAUGAGCUCGACUACAUGGGAGAUGCAGAAGAGCUGCUUCAGGCCCUGGAGCAUGGCAGCUAUGCCAAUGAGGGUCCAGACCUGGACUUUGACAUUGACAUACUGCCGUGGAAGGAAGUUGACAGGAGCAGCUGCACAGAUGGUGAGGUGAGCGUGGACUCUCUGUCACCUGCUCACACUCUGAGCUCCGCCCCCUCCCCUGGCUCUGUGGAGGCCCUGUCCCCAUACUUCCUACAAGACGAGGCUCUCUCUCCACAAUCUCAGCUCUCUCCUGUUUCCUUCUGCUCAGAGUCCAGCAGCUAUUCUGUAAACUCUCCUCCAGCUAAGAAAGCUCCGAAGAGGAACAGCCAGACGGCACGAGCCAGACAAGCUCAGCCAAUCAAGAGGCCGAUUCAGAUUGGCCCAAAGGUUUCCAUCCAGCCGAAGCCCCUGAUUACAGCUGUGCCCCUCGCUCAUGCUGCCCCCCUGCAGACAAAGACAAUCAUCAUCCAGCCCCUGCAGACCACUGUGCUGCCUGUCAUCAAACAAGCUCCGAUCUGCAUCCAACCAGCGCCCCCUCCAGGACGUCCCAUAGUGCUGUCUCAGCCAACCCAGGUGCUUCAGAUCCAGACAGCAGGGGCCAUCACCGCCAAUGUGGUCGCCAUGCCAACGCUCACCCAGGACAGGCCCUUCCCCCUCGCUGCGCCUCCGUCGGUCUCACUCACGCUUCGCUCCCCUUCCUCAGAUGAUGAUUCAAAGAUCUCCCAGAGACAGCAGCGCAUGAUAAAGAACCGCGAGUCGGCGUCCAUGUCUCGGAAAAAGAAGAAAGACUAUCUGCUCACGCUGGAAGGUCGCCUGAAAUUGGCGCUGUAUGAGAAUGAGUCGCUCAAGAGUGAGAAUGGCAAUCUGAAGAGGCAGCUGGAGGGCAUACUGAGUGAGAACACGGUCCUGAAGGUAACGGCGCCCAAGAGGAGAGCCGUGUGUCUCAUGGCGGUGUUGGUGUUCGUCAUGCUUAACGUGGGACCAAUGAGUCUGUUUCAGGGUGGCCCUGGCUCAAAGCUCAGAGAUGUGUCCAUGCAGCAAGGCGGCAGACACCUGUUGGCUUUCUCCUCGGAGGCAGAAACUGAGGCUGGGAUGGACCCCGAUUCUCUCGGCCCUGGCCCCUCUGAGACGGGCGACAGCUCUGAGGAUAAAGCCCUGAUGGUGGUGAAGGACCCCAUCCUCCUCAGACCACCUCCCCCCUGCCAGCCCCCUGUUAACAGGACCAAGUGUUUAGAGCUGGCCCACGAGUUGCGGGGCUGGGUCCACCGUCAUGAAGUGCAGCAGACCAAAUCCAGGCGCAUGAGUAACGGCAAUCACAAACCCACAAGGACCAUUCUGAAAACAGAGAAUAAGGAGGAUGCCCAGACUUUGACCGUCCGAUACACAGAUACUCCAGAGGAAAAGAACCCUGGCAACGAGCUGCAGGUUUACUACGCUCCUCAUCACACAUACAGCGACUUCUUCGACGAGCUGAACCGUCGCGGCGACACUUUCUACGUGGUGUCUUUCCGCAGGGAUCAUCUCCUUCUUCCUGCCACCAGCCACAACAAAGGAAGUCGACCGAAGAUGUCUGUGGUGUUGCCAGCCAUGAACAUAAACGACAGCAUCAUACGGGACAAAGACUACGAGGUGAUGAUGCAGAUCGACUGUGAGGUGACGGACACGAGGAUCAUCCACAUCAGGUCGUCCAGCAUCCCGCCUCUGCUACGGGUGAAUCGCACCGAGACGUUUUACCAACACUCUCCGACUGACAGCCAGGCCCCGCCUCCUGUCAAUGUGCUAAUGGGGUCUGCUUAAGACCACCAGCACCUGUUAUUAUAUAUAACUCACCAACAAAACCCAUGAGGACAAACAGAAGAUGGGGCUUCAGUUAACACUCUUUAUGUGUGAUACAUUUUUUUUUUAAACUCCCGCUGACUAGAGGUUUUUGAUUUAGAUUCUAAUGCAACACAAAGGUAGCUCAAGUGGUCAGGACUAGUCCACUGCACUCUUUAUCCGGGCAAAUAUCCGGAGGUAGUCUGUAAUAGGGUCCGCUAGCUCCUUGUGUGGCAUCUCUGACUUCUCCCUGUUACCCCAGAUGCCCCACAUAAGGGUAAUUGCUUAGCGGCAGGGGGCCGAGCAUUGAACCCUGAGUCACCCCGUCAUAACACAAAUACUUGUGCAGCUCUCCUCGUGUCCAAGUUUGGGAACAAGCCACUAAAGCCAGAGGAGAACACUGAAAAAUGAUUACACACCCAUGACUGAUCUCACUUGGAAAGCAUUUUUGAUAUUAAUGUUUAGAAGUACGACAAAUUGUGUGUUUAGCUACAAAAAGGAGUUAUGGGAUGGUCACUGUAAGAGAUGCCAGAUUAAUUACAGGCAGCAACCUCAGGAAGUCAGGUGAUAUGUGAAAGCUAGCAGGCUGUCACUAUGUUGUUGGCUGGUUUCCAUUGGUUUAAGGAUUUCAGGUGCUCUGUUUUUAAGCAUUGUAUGAUGAAGAAUUUUGUUUUUUUGCACUGUGCUUCUCUUAUGUGAAUAAUGGAUUCAGCUACUUUACAUAUUUAUUUCUAUUAUUAUGUAACAGUUAUACCAACUUCUGUACUGUGAUACAAUUCACUAAUUUCUGCUGUCAAAAGUCUUCUGUAAAGACUUGAUAUUGUUUUGUCUGAUUGUGCUUUUUGUGAAAUUUGUAUUCAAAUUGACCACACAAAUCUAAAUGAUUGUACAUACAUUUAUAAAAUGGUGGAUGGGAAAGAAACGUUUUCAUUAGAACUAGGAGAUUUUUUACUUGGUGGACAUCUUGAGAUAUUCAUUACAUUUGUGACCCCUGCCCCUUUUUAUAUGAAUAUAGUCUAUGCCCCUGCCUUAAAAGUUGAGCUAAAUGUUUGACAUUUAACUUAUUUUGAGUCCAGACGUCUCCGUCCACGGGCUGAAUUGCACUUUUAUUAUGUGCACCUAGGCCUGAAAGCGCAACCUGCUGGAAGUUAUUUUGCGUGAUGGAGUUUUAUUAUCUUAUUCGUUGGAAAGGUUGGCACUAAAAAUGCACAAACUUGUAAGAUAAGAAUAUACUGUAAGGUCUGGCUUCAUAGGCCUCAUAUUAAUGUUUCUUUAAAAUUGAUAUUGAAAAACAAAUGAUACAUCAUCAGAAUAAGAACCUUUUUGUAUAUGUUGAUUAACAAAAUACUUGUACCUAAAAGUGCUUUUUUUGUUUGUUUCAGCUACACAAUUGUGCAAUGGGUUAAGCUUUAGCUCAACAGAUGCACAUAAAAUACUCUUUACUUGUGUUAUCUUAAGCCAGGCCAUCUGUGUCUAUAUAUUUUUUCCUUCCUUUGGUUUGAAAAUAAAAUCGAUUCACCGCAAUGUUUUCACUGCAUCCCAGAAGAACUUUGGGAGAAAGCAAGAGUACAAUUAAAGAAACUUGUGAGGUUUUGUUUUUUGUGAAAAAUACCAAAAUAAACACUGGAUUUUACAUU